UGUAAUAUUUCUAUAUUUUGCAUGUAGGCUUAUGCAUCCAAAACCGUCAAGUGAAUCUUUGCUUAUUUUACAUAAUUUAGGAUUACAAAUUACUUUACAUUAUUUUCUUUUACCUUCUCGUAUACGUUUUAUUCCAUUAUCUGAAAUCUUGGAUGUUGUAAUUCAUGAAGGAUUCAUUGGGUUGGAGGUACGCUAUUACUUAGCAUUAAUUAUACGGAAUGAGGAUACUUUACAGAUUAUUUUUGAAAAUCUUCUUCCACGAAAAAAAACUUUGGAAGUUGUUUAUAGAGAAAUACAAACUAUUUUUCAUUAAAAAAGUAAAUUUAGAUAAUAAUUAUAGUUAUUAUUGGUAAAAAAU